UUUUUCAUUAAACAAGGCCAGUGCUGCUUCAGAAGAGCACCAGGAUUUGCUUUGUGGAUGUCAAAUGUGCUUUAUUGCCUUUCGGCUCAAGUAUCGCUUCGGCUGCUGAAUGGAAACUGUGUUACGUAGUAGUUUUUUCCGCGCGUACGAAGUGGCCACGGAAUUCUGCGCGAAUUUCUAAUUAAAACGCACGGACAAUACAAAGACAAAAUUUACAUCUGUUAGUGGAAUUCUUGUUCUUUUUAUUUAUAACAUUUUUUGUAAAUUAGAAACUACAAGAAGAUGGAACGAAUCACUAAAUUCCGGCUUAAAGCGCAACUCCAGCGUGCCGGUUCACUAGAGAUUGCUUCAUGCUCUGCCGAUGGAAAAUCAUAUUUCUGAUUUUUGCAAAUGUAGGUAUGUGUUUGAACCUUUAAAAACACGGAAAUGAGCCGAAUGAACUGAAUAUGUAAUGAAAAGAGUAAGCUGCACCUAAAAAAAAAUCUAUGACGUUCAUGUACAGUUGAUACAGAAAAUGAAUUGUUAAAAGCAUUGAAAAACAACGAAAAACGCAUAAUUGUUAUUAUUGUUAUUAACACUACUACUAUUAUCGGACACUAAUGCUAAAAGAAAGUGAACGAUGCCGAUGCACGAACCCUGCAGGAGGACAGCUCGCGUUUGGCUCGCGUUGCGAUUUCAAAAUUCAUCUACACGACAUACUUCCUGUGCGCGUGGAUGCCACACUGUGUACACUGAGUUGGCGUAGAAGAGCGAGAGACCUACAGGUCUUCUGAGCUUCCCUCCCCUUGCCAAAUAUCUGCCCAGAAGAUAGUGACACUCCUUCAAAACUCCAAUACCAUUCAGUUUCUCUCAGAUGGCAACAGCGCCGUGGAUCCACGCGAACCCUUUCAUCAAAUAUCGGAGUACUUUCAAGGAGCAAAAGAGGGGAAGCGCGAGAGGGAAUAACGGCAGUUGAGAAAGAGAAGCGGUCGAACAGCUUUUUGCUCUACCUCAUUAGAGUGGUUUCAUUUCGUCUCGACGGAACGGAUCCGUGUGCUCGGCCGUGCUUCAGCCGCUCCGGACUCGCUCGGCGCAAUCUUACUUAUAUGUGCAUGACCCCGGAACCCGCGACGCAGUACCAGCCUACGCUGGUGAUGCCAUGCCCCGCCACCACAGCGGUGAUGAAGGCGGCUCUGGGCUCUGGAUGAAGACCUCUCCGGGGCACCGCGCAGAGGGGUACGGGUUGAAAGAUGUGGAGUCUGGUCGAAGGAUGAUGAACAACGCGGCGAGGACGGCCGACGGCUUGCUGUCGGCGGCGUCCGGCUCUUCUCCGGGCACAACAGGUGCAGGGGCUGCGGAGAACCUAAGAGGGGUGCAGGGAGCCCGCCUUAGUCUGCUCGGGAAGCCGCUCAUCUACAGCGCGCAGAGCGGCCGGAGAAACGUGCGCUACCGGAGGCUUCAGAAUUACCUGUACAACGUUCUGGAGAGACCGCGUGCUUGGGCAUUCGUGUACCACGCCUUCGUGUUCAUCCUGGUGUUCGGUUGCCUGGUCCUGUCCGUGUUCUCCACCAUCCCAGCCCAUCAGGACCUCUCCUCCCACUGCCUGCUCAUCCUGGAGUUUGUGAUGAUCGUGGUGUUCGGUCUGGAGUACAUCAUCCGCAUCUGGUCCGCUGGCUGCUGCUGCCGCUACAGAGGAUGGCAGGGUCGCCUGCGAUUCGCCAGGAAGCCCUUCUGCAUCAUCGACAUCAUAGUGCUCAUCGCCUCGGUUGCCGUGGUGUCGGCGGGUAGCCAGGGCAACAUCUUCGCCACGUCGGCGCUGCGGAGCCUGCGCUUCCUGCAGAUCCUGCGCAUGGUGCGCAUGGACCGGCGGGGCGGGACCUGGAAGCUGCUGGGGUCCGUGGUCUACGCGCACAGCAAGGAGCUGGUCACUGCCUGGUACAUCGGGUUCCUGGUGCUCAUCUUUUCCUCCUUCCUGGUCUACCUGGUGGAGAAGGAGUUCAACAAGGACUUCGCCACGUACGCCGACGCACUGUGGUGGGGCACGAUCACCCUCACCACCAUCGGCUACGGGGACAAGACUCCCCAGACCUGGACGGGACGCCUCCUCUCGGCGGGAUUCGCGCUACUGGGCAUCUCCUUCUUCGCCCUCCCCGCGGGAAUUCUGGGCUCUGGCUUCGCGCUGAAGGUCCAGGAGCAGCACAGGCAGAAGCACUUUGAGAAGCGGAGAAACCCGGCCGCCAGUCUCAUCCAGUGUGUUUGGCGUAGUUAUGCGGCUGAUGAGAACUCGGUUUCCAUCGCUACCUGGAAGCCUCAUUUGAAGGCGCUGCACACCUGCAGCCCUGCAAAGAAAGACCAAGGAGAAUCGUCCACAAGUCAGGUUCUUAGUAGUAAACAGAAGCUCUUCAGGAGGUAUACCACACGGAAACAUAGUCAGAAGCUGAGCUUUAAGGAGCGCGUGCGCAUGGCCAGCCCGCGCGGUCAGAGCAUAAAGAGCCGGCAGACGUCGGUGAGCGACCGGCGGUCCCCGGGGGCGGAGAUCAGCGCCGAGGGCACCAGCCCCGCCAAGGUGCAGAAGAGCUGGAGCUUCAACGACCGCACCCGCUUCCGCCCCUCGCUGCGCCUCAAGAGCCAAUCACGCCCCGCGCCCGACGCCGACGCUAACCUGGGUGUGGACGACGGCUUCGAUGAGAAGGGCUGCCACUGCGAGAUCUCUGUGGAGGACCUGACGCCCGCCGUCAAGUGUGUGAUCCGGGCGGUCAGGAUAAUGAAGUUCCACGUGGCGAAGAAGAAGUUCAAGGAGACGCUGCGGCCGUAUGAUGUGAAGGACGUGAUCGAGCAGUACUCUGCUGGACACCUGGACAUGCUGUGCAGGAUCAAGAGCCUGCAGACACGGCUGGACUCCAUUGUGGGUCCGCAGCACACCCUGGGCAGCAAAGCCAAGACUCUCUCCUCCCCCUCCCUCCACCCAUAUCACAGCCAGCAUGGGAGGAAGCACUCCGCUGCGGGAGUGGACCAAAUUUUGGGCAAGGGACAGAUUCCCGUGGACAAGAAGGUGAGGGACAAGCUGCUGUCAGACAGCGACGCCCUGGAGGACGUGAGCAUGCUGGGUCGCGUGUGCAAAGUGGAGCGGCAGGUCCAGUCCAUCGAAUCCAAGCUGGACUCCCUGCUGGACAUCUACCGCCAGGUCCUGCGCAAGGGCUCGUCCUCAGCGCUGACCCUGUCCUCCCUGCCCCUGUUCGAGCUGGAGCAGACCUCGGACUACCAGGGCUCCAUCCUGAGCAAGGACCUGUCCCGCUCCACCAGCGCCAACCUUCCCCGGGGUCUCCACCUCAUCCUGGCCCCCAACGAGCUCAACCUCAAUCUCAACAGCUCCCACGCCAGCUCCUUCACCCCCUCGCCCCUGCCCCACGGCCAGCCCCCGACCCCCGAGGGGGGUUCUGUGGACACCACCCCCCCGCCCGUCCUCACGCCCGCCACCCUGCCCGCGAACCCCUUCCCCAAUCUGGUGCGGCCCCCCCCGCCCCCGUCCGGCGGCAGUGCCGCCAACGCGCUCCAGCCGCCCCCCGUGCCCCCGCCCCCGGGCAGGCCGGCCCACGGGACGUCGCAGGACAGCAGGCCGGGCGAACUGGGCGCCCCCUGCCUGGGGGGGGAGCGGGGGCCGGGCGGGGGGGUGCAGCUGAGAAGUCGGCCCAGCGCCAAAGAGGAGGGGUCCUGGAGGAGACACCUGAGCCUGGAGACAGACCCCCUGGGGUCGCUGUCGCCGGUGGGCGGGGCCGGGGGAGGGGGCGGGACCGGGGGCGGAGCCCUGGGGAAGUCCCUGUCCGCGCAGAACCUGGUGCAGCACGCGGGCGCGGACUGCCCGCCCGCCGUUUCCCCCGGCAACAGCAGCAGCAGCGGCAGCAGCGGCGGCUCAGGCGGCGGCAGCGCCGGCGGGACCCCCGGGGCCGACUGGGGCGAGGCCGAACUCUUCAUCAGCGACGGGGACCUGGACGCCCAGACGGGCGGGUUCGACUUCCUGUCCCGGCAGGCCUCCGACCCCGCCUUCGCCUCCGACCUCCUGCGGACUGGCGGCACAGGCUCCGCCCACAGUGCGCCCGAUGGGCGGACCGGCGGCAGCGGCGGCGGCAGCGCGGAGUCUCUGAGCAUGCCCCGUGUGCGCCUAAAAUAGACCCGCCGCGGAACACGCCAAAAAACCCCCUCGCCCUCUCUCUGACUGCAGGCUUUUAUUUCUGUCUGGGGGUUCGCUUUUUUUUGGGUGGGGGGUAAGGGGGGUUGGAAGGGUAGGUUUAGACUUUUUUCCCCUUCAAAUUAGUUCAUUAAAAUAUUUAGUACUUCCUUAACAUUUGUUUUUUUUACCAUACAUCACAUAUCAUUGCAUGGAGUAUUCUUUGGGGGUGGGGGUGGGGGGGUGGGGAGUGGUGGGGGGACUUUAAAAAAAAAAAAUCAAGUCGGGGGGGAGGGGAGAGGAGGCGAGGGAAAAACGAUAGACUGUAAAACAAAAGACUGAAAAAGAAAAGAGAACAAACAGUUAGCAUCUUGGAGGAUAGCGAUGUGAGUUUUGAACUCGACCACGCAUGAGCAACUUGCAUGAUGAAACUGAACACGAGGACUCACGCAUCAGACCCUUUCAGUUAGCCAUAGUAACACAGAGUCCGUGGACUCGUCUGCCAGCAUGUGUGUGCAGUCCUAGUGCUAGUCCCGGUUUGCUUACAGUAACUCCCCAGUCCAGCGUAUAAACCGCUGUCUUAAAAUGCACCUACCGUGCAUUUGCACAGCAAGAAGAAGAACUUUUUGGUUGAAUGUACCAAGUUAUUCAUACAGUAAGUCUGCAUUUUUUAUUUUAUUUUUUUUUUAAAGCAAAAUGGCUGUUUGCUUGAUGUGUCGGGACCUUCGGGUUCCUAAUCAGAGUCAUGUUAACUUUUACCAACAAAAGUUUUUUUUUUUUGUUUUUUUUUUUGGCAAAGCACAGGCUGAAAAUACUUGUCCACAAGUAUGUAAAACUAAAGUAGUUUGAACUGGCAGCAUCAGGUAAUGGAAAAUCACCUGGUUAAAUGUGUCAAUCAUAGUGAAUGGGGACAAAUGGGAAAACGGUACAGGGAAGAGUCUGAUUGGUAGAGACGCAUGAGGGGGCGGGGUUAGGGUAUCGACUCUAUAAAAAAGUUGUAGCGCCAAAACUUUUGAUUUCAUUUUCUUUAAUCUCCAAAUCUUUGAUCUUAGUUCUGUCACACAUUAGCUGUUGGCUGCACAACAUGACUGACUGUAUUACACUUGAUGUUUACACUUCAUCAAUGUAGACUAGAGCUUAUACCAGCUUCUAGAGAAUUAUUAGUACAAGGGACAGCAAACAUACGUAUGGCUGCUACAGACAGAAUGAAACCAUGCUCACAAACAGAUGUCUACUUAUAUAUUAUGCAAUUUUUUUUCUAAAUCAAUUGUUUGUCCCUUGUUUUUAACAAGGCUAUGAGUACCCAUAAACAAAACAAAAAAAUACUUGUUUAUAUUUUUUGUUUGUUUUUACUUUCAAAACAAAUGCCUGCUUUACAAUGGGGGGAAUGAGAGAAUGUGUGAAAAUAUUUUAAAAUAAUUUAUGACUUUUUUCCUGCACAGGAAAAGACACUGCAGUCUUAAAUGCUCUGAACUGAGAGAAAACUCACCCAGACAGCGAUAAUAACCACAUUUUAAUACUUGCUUCUUUAUUCUUUCUUUUUUUACAUACUCUUGGAUUUUUCAUGUUCCGAGAGCUCUUUGCUUAAUUAACAUACUGUAGAAUGUAUAUAUCAUUAUGUUAAUAUGCAUAUGAAACUUGCGAUUCUGUCUAGCGAUUUAAUAUUGUUGAAAAUGAAAAGAAAUGCCUCAUGAUCUACGAUUAAGGUGAGACAGGUACGGUAUAAAGAAGCACAAAAUUGCCUGGAAAUUUGCAGAUGCCUGCAAAAGGGUGUGAAUAGUUUUUGCAGUACAAUGGUACAAAGUUGUCUUACAGAACAGUGGUGUUAUAACAAAUACUGAAUUAAGUAAAAAGCAGGAAUUUUGAACCAGUUAUUGGUGAUU